UUUUUAUGGAACGACACCGGGAUGGACGACGACGGGUACGGCAACAACCAUGCAGAGACGACGCUCGACGAGCUCGUACUGGACGACCCGGCCACGACGCCGCCACCCCACUACUCGACUGCGCCGGACAGCAAGCACAGCAUCUAUGAUUUCCUCGACGAAGUUGAAGUCAAGUCGGUGCAGCAACUGCAGCGCACACCCUUGAGCAGUAGUAGUCCACUGCUGAGCAACCACCGCGGCCCACCGUUCUCGUCGUCGUCGUCGGGCCGGUCGUCCAAUGACUCGAACGUCUACUACAACGACAUCAAAGAGAAGCUCGUGACGCUCAAUAUGGAGCUCCAGGACAAGACGCAGACGAUCGCUUUGCUCCAAGCCGCGCGUCGAACGGACAAGGCCAAGUAUACUGCCAAGCUCGACGCAGCCGACGCCAAGUUCAAGACACUUCUGAAGGAGCAGCAAGUGUUAGCCGAGAAGGACAUUGAGAAGCACUUGGACUUUGAACAAACGCUCGUCGCCGACAAGAGCGAGCUGGCGGCCAAGUGCGAGGCGCUCGCGACGGAGCUUCGCAAGCUCGAGACACGACUCGCUUCCGAGACUGCUGGCUUUGAGCGCCACAUGAAGGACGCCAAAGACCGCUGGGCCGCGACGGAGAAGACGCGGCGCGACCAGUGGAUGGCGAAGAAGACGGACGAGAUCAAGAAAUCGACCAUCAAGGCCUUGGAGCCUGACGUGCAAGCCAUCAUGACCAAGUGCAGAGAGACCAUCCAGAAAGCCCAGGACGCGGCCGCCGAAGAGAAGCGCAAGCUCCAGCUUCAAUUUGAGAAAGAGAAGGACGAGUACAUGCGACGGGAGCGCGACGCGACGGAUAAGAAGCUCAUCGAGGCGCGCGAGAAGGAGCGAAGCAAGCUCAUGUUUCGCCUCGACGCGGCCGACGCGGAGCUCCAGCAGCAGCUGAGCGCCCAGCGCCGACGACUGCAAGAGGAGGCGGAGAAGGCCCGCGACGAGAUGGUCGCCGAGGUGCGGCAGCUCAAGCUCGUGCACGCCAAGGAGCUCGACGAGACGCGCGCGAUGGAGCGUCAGCGCAUCGAGUACGACGUCCUGCAGCUUCAGAGAGAGAAGGACGAGAUGGCCAAGCGCUACGACGCCGACGCUGCCCAUCUACGGGACAAGUAUCAAGCGGACUUGGAUGCGAUGCAGAAAAGCAUGCACGCCACGCUCCGCAGCGAGUUUGAACUGGAGAAGCGGCGGCUGGAGCAAGAGAUGGUCGCGGCCCGGGACGCCAAGAUCGAACUCAUUCUCGACAAGCUCCAGGCCGAAACGCAGCGCAAGGUCGAGGCGGCCGAGAAGCGUUUAAUGCUGCAAUUUGAGACCGAGACCAAAGAGUAUGAAAAAAAACUGCGCGCGGCCACCGACAUGGAAGUCGCUUGGAUGGACAAGAAUCGCGAUCUGUUUGACAAGUGCGCCAAGCUCGAGAGCGACCGCGACACCCUCAAGACCAAGUUCCACGAGCAAGCGACGGGACUACAGACCGCACACGAGCGCAUCGCACGCCUCCAGCACCUCCUCGACGAGGAACGCGGGCGAUUCAGCCAAGACGAGGCCCACCGCGCGCACCAGCUCGGCCAAGCCCGCGACGCAGCCGAGGCCGAGCGCCAGCGCCUCUCCGCUGUCGUGGACGAUCUCCAUGCCAAGCUCGACGCGGUCGAGUCCAAGUACGGUCGUCAGCUGCAGGAUCUCAAGACCAACCACGACGACCUUUUGGAGAAGCUGCACACGCGCGUCCGCGCGACGGUCGCCAAGAAAGACGAGAUGAUCGACGCGCUGCGUGACGAGCUCCACUUGGCACAGGUCCGCUUGACGAAAUGCGAAGCCAUCAUCAACGACCAGCGGGCGCAGCUCAUUCGCUAAGACGCAACAAAGAUGGACGAUGCGAUACCUCGGGCUCCCACU